UUCAAAAGUGAGAAGCCGUUCACUUCGCUCUAGUGCAAGCAGACAGAUUGAUAGUUUAUGAACGAUUAACUAUGACCAGACAUUGAUUUAGUUUCAUCUUCAAUAUAAAGAGACAAGACCGAGUGCUAAGUCUACUGAGCAGACAAAAUGACAGUUAAUUCAACUCAUCCUACACAAAGCCCGACGGAGAGAAAUGUGCGCUUGGGUUUUUUCAUCGCCACGUUUGUUAUUGGACUUGUUGGAAACCUUCUGGUAAUCGUUAUCAUAACCAAGCGAGCCAAGAAAACUGUCAACGAUUUUUUCAUUAUGAAUUUAGCCGUGUCCGACCUUAUGCUUAUCUUCUUUCUACCGCUGCACAUCUACGGCAUGUUUGACACUAUUCGUGUCACAGCAUUUUUCUGUCAUUUCAUUCGCCCUCUCAUGACAGCAUCGUUCUUCGUCAGUGUCUACACCCUCACCUCAAUGGCCAUUCAUCGGUGUCACGUGAUCUUGCAUCCUUUCAAACAGGAAAUGCGUCACAAGUCCGCUGUUUUAUGGAUAAUAGCACUGUGGAUUAUGUCAUUUGCAAAUGUUCUUCCAUUGAUGAUUGUCACCACACCAGACCCACCAUUCGAAUGUCUUGAAAACUGGCCGAGUUUGAAUCACAGGCGGGCAUAUACAGCUGCUCUCUUUGUACUUCAGUACAUCCUUCCACUGGUUAUCAUCGCAAUAGCAUAUAUCAGAAUAGGUUUGGAUCUUAACCGCUCGUGUUCUCGUAGUUUCAGAACUGCCAGGGCUUCCAAAAGCCUGAAGAACCAGGCAAGACGGCGAGAAAACUUUAAAGUAACUAAAACUCUGGCGAUAAUCGUCAUGAUAUUUGCAGUGUGUAUGCUACCCAGUCAGGUGGGUUGGAUGUUGUUGGAUUUUGGUGACACAAAACAAAAAGCGAUCGCCAUUAAGGUGAUUUUUAAAUUUUCACUUGUUCUCACUGUGUUUCACAGUUGCCUGAAUCCUCUUGUUUAUGGAAGCAUCACUAAACAGUUUCGCCGUGGCUACGUGAAAUAUCUGUCGUAUUUGUGUUACUGUUGUAGAAGUUCCAUCUUGAGAGAAAUCAAGAUAUUGCGCAUUUCAGAAAGCUCAUCCCAAAAAGGCCCUGACGACUUUAAACGUGCGCACAAUGGACUUCUAGGAAAUGCCGGACUCGAAGCAAUAUGUUCUCCAAAAUCGAAACAAAUUAGAGAUGAAUUAUCUUCAAGCUAUGAGACAUUUGAUGUUGUGACCGUACUUUAG